UUACCAUGUAAAAGGAAAGGCAACGGGAAGGAAAACAAUGGUCAAAUGCAGAAGUUCGAUAAUUGAUCUUUCCUUCUCUGAUGAUAAUGAGCAAGAGGAUAUUCAGGAUGUUUACACUUUACAUUCACCUGCUGCUAAAACGCUAACUACAAACUCAAGCAAUCAAAUGCCACCAAAGGAGAACAGGAAAGCUGCAGAGGAGUACUUCAAGAGAAGUGGAGAAAUAUUUGUAGAUUGCUCUCAAUCUGAUGAUUACAGCUCUGAUAGUGAUGAUCUUCCAUGUGUUCUACCAUCUUUACACACAGAUAAUAGGGGCACCCUGUCUUCUAAAUCACAUUCAAACUCAUGCACAGAUAAUUAUAAAAGUAGGGAUUCUCAGUUUCUAGGAAGCAACUUUGACUCUCAGGAUGAUUCUCAAAUCCCUGUUAAGAAAAAGAAAGGGUCACCACACAAAAUUACAAGAGAGAGAAAUGAAGCUCAUCUUAAGAAACAAGUAAAAAAACUUGAAAAACAAACAAAGAAAGAAGAAAAGGAAAAAGAACAACAUGCCAGAAAACAAGCCAGGGAACAGUUGAAAAUUCAGAAGGACAGGGAAAAACUACUGAAAAUGGCAGAUAGAAUGAAUCAGAAAUCAAACAAUCGAUUAGAUGGCUGUAUCAAGCAAAUAGUGGUUUGCAUUGAUCAUGAAAUAGUGAGCUGUUGUCAGCUUGCUGGGGAAAGUCUUCUCCUUCAAAGAUUAGAAACACUGGGAGCAGGUCAUGAGAUAAAAUCACAGCUAUUUCCCAGCAGUAUUACAUGGCAGAGAGCUUGUGUGCAGCAUGAUGUACAGGAGGGGACACUUCAGAUUUCCAUGAGAACAACUGUCACUAAUGAAAACCAUGCAGUACUUUGUCUGUCAGUAGUCAAGUUUGUGGAAAUGGUUUUACGAUCUUGUGAGGAGAUUCAAAAUCCAGCAGUAUCUGUUAUCUCUGAUGAAGAAACUUUGACUGAAUUCUUUGAAAGAGCCCUGACAAUUUACCCUGGUAAAAUCAUCACUUUAAUUGUGAUGGGUCUUGAAAAGUAUUUCAGAGAUGUUAAACUUGCUCAAAAACACCAGUUUCGAAAAGCUGUUCUUGGGAAAAGCUCCUCAGAUAAUGAUAAUUCCAGCAGUAAGCGACGAAAGAAAAUAAACAAAGAAUCUGUAGCCAGUGUUAUGGUGUCAAGGGUUGAUGUAGAAGAAGCUCUUGUGGACUUACAAAUAAAACAGCCUGACUGCCGAAUACGCAUGUGUGAAACUGAAGAGGAGUUUGCUGAUCUGUUGGCCAUGUUAACUAAAGCUGUUGCUGAAGCACCGUUUAAGAAAAAACAACCGGAAGUAUUUUCUUUUUGUGUGGAAGGACAGAAAAGAUCUGUGAAGGUGUCAAAAGACGGUGAGGGUUUGAAGAAAGUCUGGCAGAAACAUUUUCAACAGUUGAGAAAUGUUUCAGCGGAGAUGGCGGCCGCCAUUACAAACGUUUACCCAUCUCCACAGAGUCUCAUCAAGGCCUAUCAAGGUUGUAGCAGUAGAGAGGAAGCUUCUAAACUUCUUCAAGACAUCUUGGUCCGUCGUGGCGCUGGAGUACUGGCAAGUAGUCGAAGAAUUGGACCCGAACUUUCCCGACGGGUGUACCUCCUUUUUUCAACUGACGAUGGCGACCUAUCCUUGAAAUAACAGCCCUUUUUCCCGGGCAGUCGACGCCAUAGUUUUGUAGUGUCUGAGUGCGAAGUGUCUUUGGGAUUAGUUUCGUAUUCCAAAGAUUACGAAUUAUUAUUUAUUUUCAAAUCUACCUCACUGUUGGGCUGAGUGGGGAAAAUUUCGUUUUUUCUGUAAAAGCUUGUACGAAUAAUUCUACACCGAUGCCUAGGGAUAUGUUAAGCGCAUCUGAUUGGCUGUUACUUUCGCAUGGAGAAAUUCAAGAAAACAAACAGCCAAUCUCAGUGGGCGCACAAUAGAGCUAAAUGAUUGUCCCAUUAAAUUUUGCCUCUUUCAAACUUAUUUCCCUGGAGCUCAGAUGUCGCAGAAAGACGUUUUUUCCCAGAAUGAUGUUCCUACCUUUCUCCUGAAGACGACAGACCUCAAAAUAUAACGACAAUUUAAACCAUAGAUAAUUGUUCUAGUGUUUAUUAAUACAGCAUUCAGACAUACUCGUGCAUUGCUCAAUUUGGUUUGCUGCGAUGUUUUUCCCCUCUUGACAACGGAGGCUAAUAAAGUAAUUUUACCAUUUCAUGAACAACCUUGCUAUUCAGGCCCAUGUAACACAAAAGGCUUUCACUGCUUAUUAGUGUUAAUAUUUAUUGACUUCAUAUAUGAAUCGUUUGGUCUCAGGUAGUCCUGAUGCAACAUAUUUACAUCUAUGAAAUAGCGGAUACACAAAUCACACUGACUUUUUAAAAAGAAAAAGCUGUUUUAUAAAAUCACGUGACUGUACUUUCUAUUGAUUCACCGUCGUAAAACCCACUUAGUAUGAUGGUUAUAUAAAAUAUAAAAUCGGAAGAAAUAGAUCAGAAUGUUGUGAAGUAA